AUGGUAAUGAUAUUGUCUGUAUUUGUAGAUGAGCUGAUCCGUGUUUUUAUAUGUUUACCUGCCUUUUUAAUAUUCUAUGAUUGUGAUCACGUUGUUUUUUCACGCUAUGAUACAAUCACGUGUCAUUUAUUUCUCACAGUAUAUAAUGGUUUACGUCAAUUCAAAUUACAAUUCACUUUACUUUUAACAAUGAGAGUCAUUUCUUGUGCUAUUUUUGUUCUGCUUACUACAGCUAUAUGGGAGAGCGUGAAAGGAGCAAAGAAUGAAAUUGAAGAUAUCUGUGCCGAUAAUUACUUCAAUGCUACUUUUUUCAAAAUAUUCUUAACUUUCAUGGAGGAGCUGUUGAACAUCUUACAAAAGCUGUGUGGCAUAAUAACGGAAGAACAUAUGAAGAAUAGUGUGGAUAUUAUGCUUUCGGAAUCAUUAUGUCUGCAAAAUAUGGCUGACCAACUGUGAGUGAUAUUUUUUAAAACAUUAUGUAAAAACGCUGAAGAUGUUGUUUCCUUCGAAUGCUUCUUAACAUCCUUGUUUAUUGUGGAAAUUCAACACUUCUCUGGACAAAAAAUGAACACAGCUCAUGUCAACACAUAAAGCACACGUCACUUAUUUUAUUUAUAAGCUAGCUGUUUACUUGAAAAAAAUGCAUUCGUUAUUGACAAAUUAUCCAGCUAUGUUAACAUUUAUUCACCUUCCUUUUUCAGUGGUUACAGGAUUCAUACACACAGUGAAUAUGGAGCUAACAUAACCAGCUACCUAGAAUCUGCGUGAGUAAUUGUUGUUUAUCUUGUAUCAUACACGAAAGUCGGAUAACACUUCCAAAUAAUGGGUUAUGUCAACUGGUCAGUUAUAUGCCCUUAUGUUUGUGGAUAUAACAAAGACAUAUGACAUCGUAUGAAUUUGAACAAAGCAAACACUACAGUUUUAGCAGAAUAAAGUAGUACCAUCUUUUAUUUCAUUGCCUUCUCGUCAGCUGCUAACAGGGCAAAGACAUUAUUAAGUAUAUUUACAAAAACAAUUUUAACAUACUUGCACAGAGUUCAUUUUCAACAAAAAUCAAUUGAUCAAUAUAUGCAUAGAGUAUUAAUAUAUACACGCAUAUGUAAUAUUAAACACUAUUCCGAACAAUAAAAAUCAUACACAAUAGAAACCUUUCAGCAUUUUGCAUGCAGAUGAAAGAGAGAUGAAAAACAUAUCCAGUUACCAGGACAAAUAAAGCCUGAUAACCGCUUUUUUCUUGAAGCAUAAAUCAGUUUUCAGGCGCUUGAUGGAAAUUGCUUCAGCGAACUUGAGGAGAACUGAGCUCUUUUGCCUAUUGACAUCGUGUGGAAUGUAUUUUUCCAUCUUCAAUUAACACUAGUUUCUGGGUCGUUCAAAUCGAUUUUUCUAAUCAUUUCUCCUACAAAACAUACGGAAUCACUUUUCUGCUAUUCAGGUUGAUGUGGUUCACAGGUUUAAUUAUUUACUAUUAUUUAUAUGAUAAAGAUUAAAGUACCCUAUCGCUUUACACUUCAUGCUUAAAUGAUCAUUAGAACAGGCACUCUAUCAAAUCUGUAAGUUUUCUACAUGGUUGUGAUAUCAUCGUUUUCUAUAGUUUUGUUUGUAAAGGUUAAUUCUGUUUUUACGAGUUGAUCACAGAUCGAUAUCACCUAGAGAACCAUUGAAAAUGAAAGGGUACUGGACAGCUGCUGUUUCAUCCUAGUUUGGGGCAUCGGCAGCACGCACCAAAUGAUAACAUAGAAUAAACCCAGGUGAACUGAACAAAUAUUUCGUCCUAGUUUGAAACCCUUCAUCAGGACGCACCCACCCACCAGGGUGCGAACCCAGAGCAUUCUGGUUACACAGCGAGCUAGCUAGUAUACCACUGAGCCACUGGAACCCGAUCCAAUGGUUCUUAAAUUCUAACUUCUGCAAAUUCACGACAUAGCGCGAUUGUUUCGCAAUGUCUUCUUCGAUGAGU